AUGCUUGAAAAUGAACCAGAAGGGAACCCAGAGGAAGCACACAACGUCCGACCUGACGAAUACGUGAUGGUUGAUCUCGAUUAUGAUGAGUUGGACCAGGAGCCAGAUGAAGAAAAGGGCAUAGAAGAGGCGUGUAGUGAACCUCACCAGUUGGAAGCCCCGUCAAAUUUCUGCAUGUUUCAAGGGGUAGAUACAGACUACUUACGCGCCCUCGAGGAGGCAGUUAUCAGCCUGAAACUUCAACUCAUCAUGGCCAAGGCGAGGGUUGUACAAGCCGAGCGAAAAGUAAAGGAAAUCAUCCAACAGGCUGAUGAACUGGCUGAACCUCUGGUGUGUCACCUCGAUGAUUGA